GUGCCUUCUUCAAGCGCCAUAGGCACUUAGCGCGACCAGCAGUGAGGGGCUAAUUGUAACCUAUGUUUUCUCAGUAACCCGGUUGUUAUUUAUAUGUGAAUUUUAUACUGCUUUUUCGGUUGUCUUCUGGUGAAUUUCGAGACCUCAAUUAAAAAGGCGAUGGCACUCAACACUGCCAAAGUAGAGUCGAUACUACGACGAGUGUCAGCGACUAGUCUAAAAAAGUAUGGGACAGCAAGUGAAGCUGUACAGCUGCAAUAUGAACAGCCACCUGUACAUUUUCGAACAAUUGAAAAUAACCCUAUGAACCACACAGCUCAGCAUCAAGGUAGAUUUUAUAAUAUGCCAAUAGAGACAAGCAAGAAAUUAUUUACUGCUGGGGGACUACCUAAGAAAUUUCAGACUCAAGUCAAAACCUUCAACGAAUGUUCACUUUUGGUCAGAUCACCUGCUCUCGAGAUUAUAUCUUAUUUGCAAAACACUGACUAUAGUAAACCUGCAACCAGAUACGUGUUAUUCGGCCCUAUUGGAUGUGGUAAAUCGAUUAGUUUAGCGCAUGUUGUACAUUAUGGAUUUGAGGCACGGAAAAUAAUCAUUCAUGUACCAUGGGCGAAUAAUUGGUUUAAACGUCCCAAAGAAGUUGCUAAUUCCAUCAGUAAAGAAGGUUUUCUCGACUUACCCAUUGAUGCAGCUUCUUGGCUAAUUCAUUUCAAGAAUCAAAAUAUCCACCUCUUAUCACAACUUGAUCUCAAACUUGGCAAGGAUUAUCAGUGGAGUCAGCGCGAGAUUUCCAGUCGUGGUACUCCACUUCUAGAAAUGAUUGAGCUUGGAAUAAACCGAAUAAAAUAUGCAUCAGAAAUUAUAAAUGCUAUCAUGGAACAGCUCAAAGAAGCCAGUACCGCUGGCAAAUGUAAUACCCUAGUAGUCAUUGACGGGUUUAAUGCAUUUUUCAGCGAUUAUACAAAUGUGAAAGAUGAUAACAAAGUUAGAAUGCCAGCUGAAAAGAUAUCCCUGACUGCUGCAUUCAAAAAUAUUACAAAGUAUGACUGGUGUAACGGAUCUAUUGUUCUCUCCGUUGAUCCCUUAGCUGUCAAGGAUAGAACUGAAUCACACCUACCGCGAUAUCAACUGGGGAACUCCGGUUUUGAACAUUUGGAUCCCUUUAUCCCAAUAUCCGUUGAGCCAUACUCAGACGCUGAGUUCAAAAAUGUUAUAGAUUACUACAAGGAUAGGAAAUGGAUCAGAGAUAUCGAUGAAGAUGGAGUACACGAGCUGAAAUUGCUUUCUGCAAAAAAUCCUUUCAAGCUCAUGAACCUCUGCGCUCCUUUGUAGCAUAUAGGAUUGUAAAUAAAACGAAAGUGUUCUAGA